AUGUCUCCAGAAUCGACAGUAUCCUCAGGUUCCUUCGACAUUAACAAGAUGGAAAUGAGUGAAGUGAUUCGAAUGUAUUCAAGAUCAUCGUAUCAGCAUCCUCUCUUUGAUCCUCUACAAGACGGCAAGGCGAAGGAACACAGAAGGGACGAUGCAGCGAGUCCAAUUUCCAACAGCGAUUCCACACUUGGAAUAUUGCAAGACCUCGGAUUCAGUCAGUCCAACAUCGAUUCAGAAGGGUUUGGUAAAAAGCUGCCACUGUGGAGUCAGAUUAUUGAUAAUUAUGGAGACAGACCCGUCGUCCUUGGCUUGGAACGAUGUCAAGCCUACCGAGAGACGGUGCCUGUUGCGAAACGAAUUGUGGGACUGGCAGGUCUAUUUUCUUCUGGCACCAAUGUUAUGCAUCACUUGCUACUCAAUAAUUGCAAGCCCCCAGAAGGAGGACAAAAACCGCAAAGAAGUUUUCAAUGGCAGGUACCAUGGGGAAAGCACCACCCAGCUGAUACAAGAAUGAAAUAUGCGGCUAGAGAUCGUGAAUUUCUGAACCAAACGGCGGUCCUGCCAGUCGUGACGGUUCGGCAUCCCAUUACCUGGUUGAAUGCUUUAUGUCGCCACGGAUAUUCCUUGCAUUGGGAUCACAAUCCUGAUUUGUGCGACGCCACCUUGCGACUCGAUCAAGCAGUACAUGCUAAAUUUGGAUACACCAACCAAAGCAUUGUAUAUGACUCGUUGAUCGAUGUCUGGAAAGAUUGGAAUCUCGCGUAUUUUCAACAGCGCAAGUAUCCACUCCUGAUGACUCGAUUGGAGGACAUUGUGUACCACCCCAAACAAGUGGUGGAGGAAGUUUGCCAUUGUAUCGGUGGGAAAUUGCAUUCUGAUAGACCAUUUUCUGUCUUUGUCAGCUCGAUGAACGACGGCAAAGGACACGGAGAACAUCGAAGCAGCGGACUUCUAUCUACAUUUGUUAAGUUUGCAAAGCCCAUGAAGGAAUUGAGCGACAAAUUCAGCAAUGACGAUUGGGACAUAGUGAAGACAGUGCUACAAGACGACAGUCAUUUACUAUCUUCUUUGAACUAUCGAAUGCCCAAAGGUUGA